AACUUUAUACCUCCGCCGCAUAUUUGCUAGGGUCUUCCCACUAGCUUACUCACUCUCACUCGAUUCUCUUGUUCCAUCUUUGUCCUCUUGUUGAACUCGUCUAGUCAACAAGGCUUGAAACCGAUCAAGCAAGCAGUGUUUUCGUGUGACUCGGUUUUAUAUUCCGGAAAUGGCGAGUUUGAACCCGUUCGAUCUCUUAGGAGAUGACGCUGAGGAUCCAAGCCAGAUUGUUUUGAGUUUACCGAAGAAGGUCGAGAAAGCAGCUCCUGUUCAGCCUGCUAAGGCCGCUAAGUUCCCAACCAAGCCGUCUCCUCCUUCUCAAGCUGUGAGGGAGUCAAGGAAUGGUCCUUCAGGAGGUCAUGGUGGUGGUGGUGGACGUGGGCCUCCUCGUGGUUCGUUUAACCCCGGUGGAAACAGACCUCAUGAUCCAAAGGAUGGACCUAAGGAUGGAGAAAGGAACGGUGGGUUCCGCGGAUACCGUGAAAGUGGUGGUCGUGGAGGUCACAUUGGUGGUUUUGCUAAUGGUAAAACUGGUGAUGUUGAACGUCCGAGGAGGGUCUAUGACCGCCGUAGUGGAACUGGUCGUAGUAAUGACGUGAAACGUGAGGGUGGUGGUCGUGGAAACUGGGGUACUCCUGAAGAUGAUAUUCAACCAGCAACCGAGGAACCUACAACGGAGGUUGAGAAGAGCCCUGUUGCUGAGAAGGAAGGCGGUGAGGAUGCCACCACUGAUGCAAAGAAAGAAGCUCCUGAAGUUGAGCAAGAGCCUGAGGACAAGGAGAUGACGCUGGAAGAGUAUGAGAAGAUUCUGGAGGAGAAGAAGAAAGCUCUGCAAGCCACAAAGGUGGAGGAAAGGAAAGUUGACACCAAAGUGUUUGAGUCUAUGCAACAGCUCUCUAACAAGAAGACCAAUGAUGAGGAGAUCUUCAUCAAGCUGGGAUCCGACAAGGACAAACGCAAAGAUGCUGCUGAGAAAGAAGAGAAGGCCAAGAAGUCGUUGAGCAUUAAUCAGUUUUUGAAGCCGGCUAAUGGAGAGACCUACAACCCAAGAGGUGGAUACCGUGGAAGAGGAGGACGCAGUGGUGGUCGUGGACAGAGGGAUGGAAAAGUCAACGGAGGAGGAAACCAAAGGAAUGGAGGAGCCUCUGCUCCUGCUCCAGCUAUCGGAGACAGUGCUCAGUUCCCAUCGUUGGGCAACUAAAGACACCCUUUCUGAUCCUUCCAAGCAUCUACCUAUCUUAUCUCCACUCUCUUUUAGUUUAAUUUUGUUGUCUUAGUUCUCCAUCAUUUUUUGUUACACUUUCACUACAAAACAUGUUUGGUAGCUUUGACUUUAUGAUGGAAAAACAAAAUUAUAAUAUCCUUUUGUCUCACAAAAUUUUAGAUUCUUUUCA